ACGCUGGAUAUGUAGUUCGUUUCCUUUCCCCCAGCAGGAAAGUGGUGGACAGAAAGUACAGUGAACUAUUGACUUACUGUAUGUACACAACUUUAUCAGUAAACUAAAGGGCUGUGGUUUCCUAAUCUCCAAACAGUUGACGGGCAGAUGCAGAAGCUUCAUGCGCAGAUUAAUGGCAACGGCUUCCAGGCGAGAUGUGCGCGCACACACACCGUAGACUGUUUGACCAAAAUUGACAGUUUGUGGAUGAAAUGCGCUGACUACUCUUUUUAGAAGUUCUCAUUUUUUUGCUCUGGAUGGAAUGAAGGUUGGGUAGGAGAAAGAACGAGAGAGAAAUAAUGAACGUUUGGUAAGAGAGAAGGGUCGCCCAAAGGAUACAUUGCAUGCCUCUGAUAUAAGGACAUGUAUGGAAUAGAACAAUUGCAAGAAAGGAAGACCAUUUCGGAAUAUUUUUGUGCAUGCACAUUUUGAAUAAAAGAGGGAGAAGUUCCUCUUAUUUUCUGUCUUCAUAAAUUCAUUAAUAUUGUUUUCUCCUGCUACUAAGAUUUUGACAACCAUUCACCUUUGACAUACAGGCAACUUCAGGUAACGGAAAAAAGAGCUGCUGAAAAGUGGACCCAUAUGAAAUAGAAAACUGAAAAAAGAGGACACUGACUUUUGUAAUAUUAUUUUCACAUAGGAUAUUACAUUCUAUGUGAACAACUAAGUUGUAGCCUAUAUAUUUUUCUAUAUCAAGCCAUAACCCAACCAUGCAGCAGGAACGCUUGCUGAAGGUUCUAGUCAUCGGUGACCUGGGGGUCGGGAAGACGUCCAUAAUAAAGCGUUAUGUCCAUCAGAUAUUCGCCCAACAUUACAGAGCCACCGUCGGAGUCGACUUCGCCCUCAAACUCCUCAAUUGGGAUCACAAGACGGUCGUGCGACUGCAGCUGUGGGACAUCGCAGGCCAGGAGCGCUAUGGCAACAUGACACGGGUUUACUACCGCGAGGCUGUAGGAGCGUUGGUGAUCUUUGACAUGACGCGGGCCUCUACCUUCCAGGCUGUCCUCAAGUGGAAGGGAGACCUCGACUCCAAGGUUGCUCUGGGUAACGGGAGGCCAGUUCCGGCCGUCUUAUUGGGUAAUAAAUGUGACCAGCUGAGUACGGGUCUCUGUUCCAAACUGCCCAAACUGGAGAACUUCACUAGAGACCACGGCUUUGUAGGGUGGUACGAGACCUCCGCCAAGGACAACAUCAACAUCGACGCGGCCAUCAUGUGUUUGGUAGAGAGCAUCAUGGCUGUAGAAGAGGAGAGGCCGCCAGCUGGAGAUCCUAGAGACCCUAGCGUCCUGGUCUCACCACGCUUUGACUAUAAUAGGACAGGGAUGGCUGGGCUGCCUGGGUGCGAUGGGUGUAAAAAGCGACCUCUGCCUGGCCGAAGGGAGAUGGGGGAUAUUUGAGGGAUGAGAGAUGGGGGGGGAGUGGAGGAGAGAGGAUUGCGAGCUUUCUAGUUGUGAUGGGUAUAAUAAGUUAACUUUGCCGGGCCAGAGGGACAUGGGCGAUAUCUGAAGGGGGGAUUGAGGGAGAGAGAAGGACAGUGGCUUUUGACUCCAACGAACUCUCUAUGCUAGGAUGGAAGGGGACCGAGGGGGAGAGAUGAAGGAAGAGAUGGGAAGGAGUAGGGGGAUAGAGAGACACGCAGAGAGAGAGGGGGAUGGGAAAUAUAGUGUGUGUAAAAGAGAGAGCGAUAGUAGCAUGAAGCAGUAGAUAUGGAUGGACUGCUACAAAGGGUCAUGUGAACUGAGCUAAGCCUGGAUGACAUGAGAGAUCUAAUCACAUCACAGUGGAGGACAGAAGCAUCCACAUUGGCAAGGAAACAGCUGUGAUGUUAUCAAUAGCGUUGCUAUUGCAACACACUCAUCACGAAGGCUGCUUUUGUAAAUCCACUCUGGCCAUCUAUUCCGAUUUCAGAGCACUCUCAUCUGAGUGUGUCAGAGCGGCAGAACAACUGAUGAAUUUACAAACUUUCAACACCCGCUGAAUAAGACCGGUGUCAAUAAACGUCUGCAAGAAAACGUCAUUCAAUUGUUGCCAGGAGCACAGUUACAGUCACUAAUGCUCUAGAUAACACGAAAACAGCCCCUGCUAGGGUGAGUAAAAUGGCCAGUGAGGUGUUCUCUCAUAUGUGUCUAGAAGUAGUUAGUGAGCUAGCCAACUUUAGUCAGUUAGCUUGGGUGCUUGUUGCGAGGGUCAGAACACUCGGAUCAACCCUUGUCCACGGGCCAGAGCGUCCAGUUAGUGCUCUGAACACUCCGAGAGCAAAAACGCUCUGAUUUUACAAUCUGACAAUGCUCUGAAUUUACAAACGACCCAGAGUGUACUAUGACACACUGGAGGCAAUUUAUGAACACACCCAUAGUGAAAAAGAGACAGUGUCGUUCUAUACCAAAAUAAUGUGUGUAAUAUUUUGAAGCAAAUAUCAUUUUAAGGGAGUAUGUUAGGCACGUACGUUCUCUUCGCCUGGCUGAGUUCUGCUAGGAGCAAACCAACCUAGCAUGUGGACGCUUUUAGUCUGUGAUAAUGAAACCGGGAGGCUGAAAGGUGUAAGUUAGUCUGUGUCUCAAAUUGCACCCUAUUUAGUAGUAAUUAUGGGGAUUCUUUGAAAUACAGUUACACAUCACAAUACUAUUUUGGACGAUAUUGUAUCGAUACUUUAAUUGGCUCCAAGUAUGGAUAUUUUAUUUAUUUUUACUAGCUAACUUUAGCUAACGUUAGUCAGCUGUACCUGCACCAAAAUUACGGUAUUUUUAUUCUAUAGAAUUUUCUCCAUCUACUUUUUAAAUAGUGAGACACCAUGUUUUCAGCACUUUUACUUCCGUGACUGAUCAAAACAAAUGUUAGUAUGCUCUCUCUUGCAUUUCUGCAGCAGACAUAUGUUUAAAACAUCAAAUUGCAAUAGAAUCACAGUAUUGAGUCGCAAUACAUAUAGAAUAGUGAGAAUCGCAAUAAUAUCAUAUUGUGAGGUCCCUGGCAAUUCCCAGCCCUAUUCAGUAGUGCAGUAUGUAGGGAAUGGGGUGCCAUUUGAGACAACCUUAGUUAGCACAUAUGCCUUCAGAAAGUAUUCACACUCCUUGACUUUUUGCACAUUUUGUUGUGUUACAGCCUGAAUUUAAAAUGUAUCAAAUUUAGAUUUUGUGUCACUGGAUAACACCCCAUAAUGUCAAAGUGGAAUACAUUUUUAAAUAUUUUUUUUACAAUUAAUAAACAUGAAAAGCUGAAAUGUCUUAUGUUAAUAAGUCUUCAACCCCUUUGUUAUGGCAAGCCUGAAAAGUUCAGGAGUAAAAAUGUGCUUAACAAGUCACAUAAUAAUUUUGAUGGACUUGCUCUGUGUGCAAUAAUAGUGUUUAUUAACAUGAUUUCUUUAUGAAUACUUCAUCUCUGUACCCCACACGUACAAUUAUUUGUAAGGUCCCUCAGUUGAGCAGUGAAUUUCAAACACAGAUUCAACCACAAAGACCAGGAAGGUUUUCCAAUGCCUCGCAAAGAAGGGCACCUAUUGGUUGAUGGGUAAAAAUAAAGAAAGCAGAUAUUGAAUAUCCCUUUGAGCAUGGUGAAGUUAUUAAUUACACUUUGGAUGGUGUAUCAGUACACCCAGUCACUACAGAUACAGGCGUCUUUCCUAAGUCUGUUGCCGGAGAGGAAGGAAACCACUCGGGGAUUUUACCAUGAGGUCAAUGGUGACUUUAAAACAGUCACAGUGUUGAAUGGCUGUGAUAAGAGAAAACUGAAGAUGGAUCAACAACAGUGUAGUUACUCCACAAUACUAACCUAAAUGAGAGUGAAAAGAUGGAAGCCUGUACAGAAUAAAAAAUUACAAAACAUGCAUCCUGUUUGUGAUAAGGCACUAAAGUAAAACUGCAAAAAAUGUUCACUUUAUGUCCUGAAUACAUAAAAAAAAAUAUUAUGUUUUGGGAAAAUCCAACACAACUUAUCACUGAGUACAGCUUUUCAUAUUUUCAAGCAUGGUGGUGGCUGCAUCAUGUUAUGGGUAUGCUUGUCAUCGGCAAGGACUAGGGAGUUUUAAGGAUGAAAAGAAACGGAAUAGAGCUAUGCACAGGCAAAAUCCUAGAGGAAAACCUGGUUCAGUCUGUUUUCCCUGUUUUUUACCUUUCAGCAGGACAAUAACCUAAAACACAAGGCCAAAUAUACCCUGGAGUUGCUUACCAAGACGACAUUGAAUGUUAGAGCUUUGGCUUAAAUCGGCUUGAAAAUCUGUGGCAAGACAUGAAAAUGGCUGUCUAGAAAUGAUCAACAACUAACUUGACAGAGCUUGAAGAAUUUUUAAAAGAAUAGCGUGCAAAUAUUGUACAACCCAGGUGUGAAAAGCUCUUAGAGACUUACCCAGAAAUACUUGUAAUCAUAGCCAAAGGUGAUUCUAUCGACUGACUCGUGUGUGAAUACUUAUGUAAUUGAGAUAUUUAUAUAUUUAAUUUUCAAUAAAUUUGCUGCAAUUUCUGAAAAUAUGUUUUCAAUUUGUCAUUAUGGGGUAAUGUUUGUAGAUAGGUUAGAAAAAAUAAUCAAUUUGUAAUGAACACGAGGGGAGACAGAGAGCUGUUUUUAAGCGCAGGGCGCAGCAGGUGUUUAUUGCAAAUGACCACAGGAGGAGGCUCUAAACUUCCUCUAUUGAGAUGAGAGAACCUUCCAGAAGGACAGCCAUCUCUGCAGCACUCCACCAAUCAGGCCUUCAUGGUAGAGGGGCCACUCGGAAGCCACUCCUCAAUAAAAGGCACAUGACAGCCCUCUUGGAGUUUGCCUAAAGACACCUAAAGACUCUCUGGUCUGAUGAAACCAAGAUUGAACUCUUAUGCCUGAAUGCCAAGCAUCACAUCUGGAGAAACCUGGCACCUUCCUUAUGAUGAAGCAUGGUGGUGGCAGUGUCAUGCUGUGAAGAUGAUUUUCAUUGGCAGGGACUGGGAGACUAGUCAGGAUUGAGGCAAAGAUGAACGGAGCAAAGUACAGCGAGAUCUUUGAUGAGAGCCUGUUCAAGAGCAGUCAGGACCUCAGACUGGGGUGAAGGUUCACCUUCCAACAGGACAAUGACCCCAAGCACACAGCCAAGACAAUGCAGGAGUGGCUUCGGGACAAGUCUCUGAAUGUCCUUGAGUUGCCCAGCCAGAGCCCGAUCGAACAUCUUUGGAUAGACCUGAAAAUAGCUGUGCAUCAACAAUCCCCAUCCAACCUUUUAUUUAUUUAUUUUUAUGUAACCUUUAUUUAAAUAGGCAAGUCAGUUAAGCAUAUAUUCUUAUUUAUUCUAACCAGGGUGUCUCUAGUGAUGCCUCUAGCACCGAGAUGCAGUGCCUUAGACCAUUGCGCCUCUCGGGAGCCCAAGAAAGAACCUGACAGAGCUUGAGAGGCUCUGCAGAGAAGAAUGAGAGAAACUUCCCAAAUAUAGGUGUGUAGCGUCAUACCCAAGAAGACUCAAGGCUGUAAUCACUGCCAAAGGUGCUUCAACAAAGUACUGAGUAAAGGGUCUGAAUACUUAUGUAAAUGUGAUAUUUCAGUUUUUUAUUUUUAAUAAAUUAGCAGGAGAUAAUAAAAACCUGAUUUUGCUCUGUCAUUAUGGGGUAUUGUGUAUAGCUUGAUGAGGGGUGUUGGGGAUUAAUCAGAAUAGCUGGGUAACAUAGAUAAGAUGUUUUAUUUUCAUUAUAUGCUUGUGAGUUACUUCUCAUUUAGAAUGUAUCUUGUUGUACUAUAGUGGGGGCCAUUUGCAGUUAUCCUUUCUCUGUCCUGGGUUCAGUUACUUGGGCCGCAGAGAGGGGAGAGGUCAAGCUUGUCUUCAUAUGUAAACACAUCUUUUAAACCAUGUGAAGGGAUGAUUGAGGGGGAACCAAUUAUCUCUUGGCUCCACAAUGUCUGUGUGCCAAUCACUGUGAUCUUGUCCAGGAGGGGUGUAUUUGAUAUAUGGUAGUUUUUGGUCCUGAGUGGUACCAAGAGCGAAAUAAGAACAUAGUUUAGGAGACAAAGCUGAAAGAUAAUUUAUAGCCAAUGCUGUCUGGCUAUGUGUGUCUUUGCUAUAAAGGAUCUCAGUUGCAAUGUGUAAGCACUCUCAGAGAAUUCAUUUAUAGACA